AUCAGCCACCUUCCUCCUGGGCUCCAUAUUGGACCCCUGUGUCACUUCAAUGAAACCAAAGUUAAGAGCUUUCGUUUGGAAUGUUUUGGAGCGUCCAUGGUGUCAAAGAGAACUUUGAAAGGCUUGAGGUUGGGAGGGCACGCAGGGUUAUAAAUAUUGGCAUAAAAAGCGGUUAUUGAUAAAUUCAUUGGAUUGUUUUUUGUGCCAGCCCCCAAGUCGCACCACGAUCGUAGUGACAUUAAUAACUGAGACCUACGUGAGUCUCGUAUUUGAUCUGCCUUUUCCCUGCACUUUUGUACACUAACUUCUAUUCCCAGGUCGAUUGGCCUCUCAUGACAUUUUAAAUCGGAGAGAGGUUGGCCUUUGAAAAUUUCGUUCUAAUUCUUCGCUCCCGCGGAAAAGUGACACUGAGUUACAUACAUUGUUCCAUGAAGGGAUUCUUCGGCAUCACGUUUGCGCCUCCUGUCUCAUCGUGCUCCAACCCAACCUCUUUAAAACCCUGAACUGGCUUCUGCAUGGACUCGGCCCCGCCUUAAAAAUUGCUACCCCUACCACCCAGGUCGUGAAUUCCUCAAUGUUGUUGAGCGCAAGGGACGAUCUGCUGGCAGAACUUCUCUACCGCAUGAAAGUCGUGUCCAUCACCGCGACGACUUUCUGCAUUCCCGUGGUGCUUCUCGUAUUUGCGUCGUACAUCAACCGGGCUUCCAGGAAGCAUCUAAACAGAGUUAGUUUUCGGUUGGUCGUGCUAGCGUUGUUGACCUAGCUUCGUCUAUAGCGUUGCUAUGCUUCUAUGUGCAACGUAUUGCAGACUGUGUUGGGUUUAUGUGGUCAAUGCAAUUUUUCGGUCAACUUUGUUCCAAUCUUUCCUUAAGCAUCGGGUUGAACCUCUUGCUCGUCAUGAUAUGGAGAAAAGAUGGUCAGAAGCUUGAAAAGUGGUACUUUAUCGGCAGUAUACUUCACGCAUUGAUCGUAACUCUUCCUCCCGUGUUUGCAAGGGCUUGGGGCGUGGAUCCACUCACCGGUUCGUGCGGAUAUAGGUCUUCAGAUCAAUCAGAACGGUUCCGUUGGAGGAUGGCGACUGUCCUUGCAUGGCCCCUGCUGGAUAUUAUAGGAGAGUUAAUUACAUUCGUAUUUAUUCUAAUAUUCAUGGUGCGCUCGAAGGCAUUCAACGGCAAUUUCCUUAAAUCUCAAAACCGCAAAACAAGUAGAAAAAGGAAGUACCGGACGGUUAUUCUCAGGAUUGCUUUGUAUCCUUUAUCAGCAGCCAUUUCGGUGAUACUGCUCGUUUGUGGUGAUAUAUACACAAACCGUAAGAAUCCUUCGAAUCAAGUGGCGAUCGUAUUAAUCCCGAUAGGAUAUUCUGUCAGACCACUGCUGUACAGUUUACUGACGAUAUUGGAUCCAUCCUUAUCGAGAGCCUUACGAACCCUUUUCAACAUUGUUCGCGGUCACAGUACAGAAUCGCACUCCACCGGCCGUCGCUCAGAAACAGGACAUACCCAGCCCAUCUCGAUCGCUACUGUGGUGUCAGUAAGCCACAGUUACCCGAACGAAUACGAGUUAAAGCAGGCUACUCCACCGCUGGGAGCCGGUAUUCAAAGCGACAAGGGAAUGAAAGACCCCCAUUCCAACGAUGUGAUCUUGCCUAGGGCCCCAAGUCCUACGAAGCAUCUUCACGCCAGAUUUUCAAGCCACGACGGUAAUUGUCACGAUGUGGCUUUUGACCUACCUCAAGCGGCGGGUGAUUCGGAUUUACAGUUGGAAACGAGGGACUGCCCUUCACAUUGGGGACCCCCAAUGAGCCAUCUGCUCCAUAGGCGUAGCGAGGCGUCUGAGGAUUCUGGAGAGUUCCUGAAACAGUUGUGAUUGGAUAGAUAGUAGCCUAAUCAAUGUGUACAUGGUAGACUCAGCUUCAUAUGUGUACUUCUACUGACUUAAUACCAGCC